AUGCUGGCGGCUCCGACGUCCCAAGGGCACCGUCGGACGAGAAAAAUCGUCCGACUCGCCGUUGUGGUCGCAGCGAUCGCGUUUUGCUGUGUCUCUCGAGUGAACGGUUUCGAGCCAGAUUUUCUGUUCCCACUGGAAAACGUGACUAUUGCCCAGGGCCGAGACGCGAUAUUCACGUGUGUAGUCAACAAUAUCGGUGGUAACAGGGUGAGUGCUCCUGAAGGCGGCUUCACUUCAGCCAGGGUUGCUUGGAUUAAAGCAGAUACAAAGGCUAUAUUAGCUAUCCACGAACAUGUUAUCACGAACAAUGAAAGGUUGUCCGUCACGCACAAUGAUUAUAACACAUGGACAUUAAAUGUUAGGGCAGUUCGGAGAGAAGAUAGAGGCACCUAUAUGUGUCAAGUCAAUACGGACCCAAUGAAAAGCCAAAGUGCUUUUUUAGAAGUAGUUAUACCACCAGACAUCAUAUAUGAAGACACGUCCGGGGAUAUGAUGAUCCCUGAAGGUGGUUCAGCCAAAUUGAUUUGCAAGGCUCGAGGAUAUCCUGAACCAAAGAUAAUAUGGAAAAGAGAAGACGGAGGGGAUAUUAUUGUUAGAACUGGAACUACAGUAAAAACUAAAAUGACAUCAGUUGAAGGUGAAUCAUUACUUUUAUCAAAAGUUACAAGAUCAGAAAUGGGUGCAUACCUUUGCAUUGCGGCCAAUGGUGUACCACCAUCGGUUAGCAAAAGACUGAUGCUCCACGUUCAUUUUCAUCCGUUGGUUCAAGUACCAAAUCAACUAGUGGGAGCACCUCAGAAAACAGACAUCACACUUCAAUGCUAUGUCGAAGCGUCACCAAAGUCAAUCAAUUAUUGGACAAGAGAAUCGGGAGAGAUGAUAAUUUCAAAUGACAAGUACAAUAUGACAGAAUUAACAGUUUCGUAUUACAGUGCUCAGAUGAAACUGACAAUAAGAAAACUCAAAAAGACAGAUUUAGGAGGAUACAAAUGCAUAUCGAAAAAUUCAAUUGGAGAAGCCGAAGGAAAUAUUAGAGUAUAUGAAAUGGAUUUAUCGAAGCCCAGAACACCUAGUGAAGAUGACGACGAUAAUGCUAUAAAUACGUUUGAUUCCGAAGAAGAUGAUUAUGAAAAUAGAAACACGGGACGCAAUUCUUCAAGCAAUUCACCAGCACUCAAAGAUCAAUCUCACCGUUUACCUAGAUCAUCUUCAAACAUAAUACGAUACAUCAAUUUCGUUUUGUUAAUACCAAUAUUAAUGAUGAUGAAUUACUGAACUGUUAUAUUGUAUUCAUAUUAAAGUAAACAAAUUCUCGGAGGUUGGCCUAUAUCAUUUAGACUAUAAUACGCAUCAUAUACUACUCAUACUAGUAUAUUACCUAAAAACCUAACAUUGUAUUAUUUGUAUUAUGUAUUUAUGUGUAUUGUGUAGGUAUACAUUUUUCAUUUGCAUUCUUCCUACUCAUAGUAUCCCACUAAAAUACGAUACAAAACUACCGGUAUGUUAACGAGAGGUAAUCCUAUUUAAAACAUAUUACAUAAACAUAUGUACCUGAGUACCCACACCGAUUCUGUUGAUGAAUUUGGUCAAAGGAAAUAAGUAGGUAGUGGGAGACCCCUACCUAUAGAUACAUACCAUUUUAAUGGUAUUAAUAUGCCUGAAUCGAGGACAACAGAUAAAUAAAAAAUAACCCAACGACCUAUGACAAAUAACUUUCAACACAUAUAAAAAAUAUUGUACUUUGUACUCAUAUGUAUUAUUUAUUUAUGUAUCAAUACAUUUAUGUAGUAAUUUCAAUAGGUACCUAUACAAAGGCUUGUAACGUUCUUUAAAAGUACGUUAUUAGUUACGAUGUACCUAUACCAUUAAACAAUUGUUUAACGGUUUAACCUAUAUUAUAUUAUAUUUUAAUUUUUUUGUAAAUAAUACCUCCUGUCAUCGCUCAACCUCCAACUGUUUACAAUGUUAUAAUACGAGUUAAGACUAUAUUUACGCAAAUUAAUAAUAAUCAUAUUAUAUUAUUCUCUAUGAGGUAUAUAAUUAUUGUGUUGACAUGUUGUUAAUGAAUUUAUCACAUUGAAUGUACUACCGUAAAUUAAUGUAAAAUAUUUACCACAAUAUGUAAAUAAACUUAGUUAAAUUAAUA